AUGGCACCUGCCGGCUGCUGUUGCUGCGGCUGGGGCGGCGCUGUGUCCGCAGCCGGCGCUGCCGGGCGCCUCCUGGCGCUGCUGCUUCUGGGGGCCCUGUCCGCCGAGCUGCACCCGGGAGCCCUGGGCACCGAGUACUACUCGCCGCUGUCCCUGCUCAAACAGGAGCUGCAGCACCGGCAGCAGGCGGCGCCCGGGGCCGGCGGAGGUGGAGGCUGCGACCCGCAUUCUGGGGACUGGGGGGACCAGCCCUCCGCGGAGUGCAGCGAGGCAUCUUUUUUGAAUUUCCAUGAUUCUUCAGACUGUGAGCCAAAAGGAUCACCGCCUUGUGACUCCUUGCUUUCCCUUAAUGCUGAAAAGAUUCUGAACCAGGCAAAAUCCCUUGCAGAACAAAAGCGAUUACCUUUUGCUACUGAUAAUGACAACACAAAUGAAGAAUUAGCUAUUGCUUAUGUACUGAUUGGCAGUGGUCUCUAUGAUGAAGCAAUAAGACAUUUUUCAUCUAUGCUCCAGGAGGAGCCAGAGCUUGUUAGUGCAAUUUAUGGCCGAGGGAUAGCCUAUGGAAAGAAGGGACUACAAGACAUUAAGAAUGCAGAACUUGCUUUGUUUGAACUGAGUCGAGUAAUUACUUUAGAACCAGAUCGUCCAGAAGUAUUUGAACAGCGAGCUGAGAUACUGUCCCCUUUGGGACGAAUCAGUGAAGCAGUAAGUGAUCUCACUAAAGCUAUCCAACUUCAGCCAUCAGCACGACUCUACCGACACAGAGGGACCUUGCACUUCAUAUCAGAGGACUAUGCAACAGCCCAUGAAGACUUUCAGCAGUCUUUAGAACUGAACAAAAACCAACCUAUAGCUAUGCUGUACAAAGGCUUAACUUUCUUUCACAGAGGUCUUUUGAAGGAAGCUAUUGAGUCUUUCAAAGAAGCCUUGAAACAGAAAGCUGAUUUUAUCGAUGCAUAUAAAAGUCUUGGGCAGGCCUACAGAGAACUAGGCAACUUUGAAGCAGCCACCGAAAGCUUUCAGAGGGCCCUUCUGCUCAACCAGAAUCAUGUCCAGACCCUCCAGCUCCGGGGAAUGAUGCUCUAUCACCAUGGCAGCUUACAAGAAGCUCUAAAGAACUUCAAGAGGUGCCUGCAACUAGAGCCAUAUAAUGAAGUGUGCCAGUAUAUGAAAGGACUCAGUCAUGUGGCAAUGGGGCACUUCUAUGAAGGAAUAAAAGCACAAACUAAAGUUAUGCUAAAUGACCCUCUCCCAGGCCAGAAGGCUAGCCCAGAAUACCUUAAAGUAAAAUACCUCCGAGAGUAUUCUCGAUACCUUCACGCACAUCUUGAUACCCCACUUACAGAAUAUAAUAUUGAUGUGGAUUUGCCUGGAAGCUUCAAAGAUCACUGGGCUAAAAAUUUGCCCUUUCUCAUAGAGGAUUAUGAAGAGCAGCCAGGACUUCAGCCUCACAUCAAAGACGUGUUGCUACAGAAUUUUGAGAGCUACAAGCCUGAUGUACAAGAGCUGAUUUGUGUAGCAGAUCGUUUGGGGUCGCUGAUGCAAUAUGAAACACCUGGUUUUCUGCCAAAUAAGAGAAUACACAGAGCAAUGGGUUUGGCUGCAUUGGAAGUCAUGCAAGCUGUGCAAAGAACUUGGGCCAACUCAAAAGUGCGAAUGAAUGGAAAAACACGACUGAUGCAGUGGAGAGAUAUGUUUGAUAUUGCAGUAAAAUGGAGAAGGAUUGCUGAUCCCGACCAGCCUGUAUUAUGGUUAGAUCAAAUGCCAGCUCGAAGUCUUAGUAGGGGCUUUAAUAACCACAUCAAUCUAAUCAGGGGUCAAGUGAUUAACAUGAGAUACCUGGAAUAUUUUGAGAAAAUACUUCAUUUUAUCAAAGACAGGAUUCUUGUCUAUCAUGGUGCUAAUAAUCCCAAAGGACUGUUAGAAGUUAGAGAAGCUCUUGAAAAAGUACACAAAGUAGAAGAUCUUCUUCCAAUUAUGAAGCAGUUUAACAGUAAAACAAGGGAUGGGUUCACUGUGAAUACAAAAGUUCCCAGCCUCAAAGAUCAAGGGAAGGAAUAUGAUGGAUUCACAAUUACUAUAACAGGAGACAAGGUUGGCAAUAUAUUAUUUUCUGUGGAAACUCAAACCACAGAAGAAAGAACACAGUUAUAUCAUGCUGAAAUAGAUGCCCUGUAUAAAGAUCUCACAACUAAAGGAAAAGUAUUAAUUCUCUCAUCAGAACUUGGGGAAAAUCACAUCCUCUCUCUGACAUCAAUUUAUCAGUUUGUAUAUGUCGUCGUGAGGAUUUAUGAGGAGGCUGAUGCUGUCUGCAAUCUAAUCUUGUCCUUAGUUUACUACUUCUACAACUUAAUGCCACUCUCCAGAGGAUCCAGUGUAAUAGCUUAUUCUGUGAUUGUGGGUGCGUUGAUGGCAAGUGGGAAGGAAGUAGCCGGAAAAAUCCCCAAAGGAAAGUUAGUUGACUUUGAAGCCAUGACAGCUCCUGGAUCAGAGGCCUUCAGCAAAAUAGCCAAAAGCUGGAUGAGCUUACAAAGUAUUUCUCCUUCUUACAAGAGUCUUCCAUCAGUAUCAGAGACAUUUCCAACAUUAAGAACAAUGAUUGAGGUGCUAAAUACAGACUCUUCUCCACGGUGUUUUAAGAAACUAUAGUUGUUCUAUAGUAUUUAUUAUAAAGUAAAGGGCUGGGACCUCUUGCUUCCCUUAAGUUAUUUUUUUGAAAAGUAAAAUUAUGAAGAAAUUAGGUCCUUUAUUACUUUUGAUACCAGUUUUUGAUAGGAACUGAAUACUUGAAAGCAUUUUCUUUACUUUUCCAGACUCAGAAAUCAUGAGAAGUUUUGGGGAUGGGCCUAAAAAGUCUGGGAGGGAAAAAAUGCAUUGGCCAGUGGCCUGUUGGUUUCCAUUAAUAGCCAUAACACUGCUUCCCUAUAGCAAAACAGUAUAUACGUUUACUUUUAGAGGCCAAAAAUUAGUAAUUAAAAAUGAAAUAACCAUGAAUGAACAGAUAUCUGACUUUAUUCCUUACAUACCGCAAUGGGUUUUUUCCCCUAAGGAAUUAUUUCCCUUUAAGAAUUUUCUGAUAAAGAUCAUUGUCCUUUUUCAGCUCAUAUAAAGUUCUACUUUGUGUUCAGGAUCUCAAAUGUUUUUGAGUCAUUGAUGACUGCCACACAGUAAACACAGAAAAUUUUUGUGAUGCAGUUGUCAACUAGUGACCUAACUCAAAUGCAAUACUGUUAUACAUCACUAAUUUUUGACACGCGCGCACACGUUUGUGUGUGUGGUAUUAACUGGUUGCUAUUUCAGGUAGCAGUGUAUGAAAAUUCAAAAAUCAAGAGCUACUGCUGAUUUUACAAAAUCUGGUUUCCAUUUGGGGUUUGGGGAGGAUGGCAGUGAAAACAGUGAAACUGUGGUUAAUUAAAAGGUUACCAUUUGAAAUUCA